AUAUAUCAGUCUCCAAUCGCCAGUAGGUUUCAUUUCUCUGUUUUGUAACUUCAAUCCUCUCUACUAAUCUUAUCUCAAGAUGCUGAAGCUAGUGCUUGUACUUUGUGUGGUAUCAGCCACAUGGGCUGAGGAGGCUGCAGCAGGUGCUGGUGCUGCAGAGGGGGCUGCAGUCGAGGAGAAAGCUGUGACUGAGGAGGCCGUUAUAGAGACAGAAGAAGAAGCUUUGGAUGCAAUCCCCGAUGAGGCUAUAGAAGAAGAAGAUGAAGGUAUGUACGAUUUUGAGCUGGAGGACGCUGACGAGGGUGAAAUGGAGGGAUACGACUUCCCAGAGGAAGAUGAUGAAAUGGACGAGUUCACUGACGAGAGUUCUGAAGAGGAGAAUAUCGUUGCUGACGGUGACUCCGCUGAAGCUAAGGAGGAGGAGGUGACAAACAGUGAGGAGAAACCAGUCACUGAGACUCCUGAACUUAAGUAAGGAGGAAGAUCAGGGAAUGGAGAUGAGGACUUUUUAAAUCAUUUUAGUAAAUUAAUUUCAUUUUAGCUCAUGUGUUUCAUCGGGGACAAAAAGCUACAUGUUUACUUUUAGAGGAAACACUGACUAGUGACAUCCUGACGACCGGCAAAUUCGUUGAUAUAAACUUUGGCAUUGAAACAGAUUUGGUUAUAUAAGCAAUGUAACUGAAUGUCUGACUGUAAAUAAGAUGAUAGUUCACUCUAUGACGUCAUGAUCACUUCAUUCUCAUACAUCCGAACUACAUCACUCUCAGAUCAUACACAAACUAAACAACUGACAACUACUUGAAAAGGCGAACAAUUGUGUGUGUUCACACUUAACCGACAGACCGACAAAAGACAGACAACACUUGACUGUCAAACCGACUGACCGACACAAGACAACUAAACCACUGACAGACAGUAUGAUCUGAAAUCUAAAUAAAGACAUUUAUCUGGCAUCUGAUCAUUCGCCAUUUCCACUCAUUUCCUCAUACAUAUCUUAAUCUACAUCAAGAGUUUGACCUAACUCGGCGUAAUACGGGGAGACUAAACAAAACUCGACACGACUUGACGGAAUUAGAUUAGACUUGACUUGGCAGGACUUGACUCGACAAGACAGAACUGAACUGGACUUGACUUGACUCAACAAGACUCAACAAGACUCGACAAGACAGGACUGAACAGGACUUGACUCGACAGGACUCGACAGAACUUGACAAGACUUGACUCGACAAGACUUGACUCGACAAGACUUGACUCGACAAGACUUGACUCGACAAGACUUAACUCGACUCGACAAGACUUGACUCGACAAGACUAGACAAGACUAGACAAGACUUGACUCGACAGGACUUAACUCGACUCGACAGGACAGGACUGAACUGGACUUGACUCGACUCGACAGGACUGAACAGGAGUCGACAGGACUUGACUCGAAAAGACUUAACUUGAGUCGAAAAGACUUGACUCGACAGGACUUAACUCGACUCGACAAGACUUGACUCGACAGGACGUGACUCGACAAAACUUGACUCGACAGGACUUGACUUGACAGGACUUGAUAGGACUUGGCUAGACAAGAAUUGACUCGAAAUUAACUAACAUAGCUUUUUGACCCUGACAUGAUAAGAAAAUGUGUACUGUCAAAUCUUUAACAAAAUAUUUGAUUGUUUCAUUUGAUUCAACUAUAUGUACCGAGUUUCGUUUGAAACUUCAUAUGAUUGCAAAAUUAUUGAGCCCAUUGGUAAUAAUGGAUAAGCUACCAUAAAAAUAUUUAAUCUGUGACUAAGAAAGUGACCACCCUGUAGCAAGAGACAACAUGUUGAAGUUCCUGUUCGGUGUGGUGCUGGUCACGAUAGCAUUUGCAGAUGUAGGUCUGGAAGUUGGUGGAGUCCCCGAGGAAACUGUACCAGCUACAGAAACUGUUACUGAGGAAACUGUUGGCGAGGAACCAGCUGGUGAGGAAUUUAUUGCCGAGGAGCCUGCCGAGGAGGAGCCUGUUGAAGCUAUUGAGGAGACUUCCGGGGACUCAGUUUCUGAUUCAGAGUUAGGAGACUCGGACGAGUUUAACUCAAUGAUCGCUUAUAACACCUACAUGUCGGAUUUGGACGCCGUACCCACCGAAGCUGAGCCCGUAGUAGAGGCAGAGGAAAAAUAGGAAUGUAGUCCUUCUACCAGAUGAGACUUUCACUUAAUAUAAACAGUUAUUACUUGAUGAUAAUGCAGUGCAUUUAUUAUUUUACAGUAUUUGUAGAGUUGAGAUUUUCUUUUUGUUAAAAUGUUUAUACUGUAGAGUACAUUAUCAUUUCUUACGAUAUUUCUUAUAUAUUUUGAACUACACAUAGUAAAGAACUUAAGUGAUUGAACGGUUAACUAAACGUUCAGUAUUUCAGAGCAUCAACAUUUAUUAAAUAUUUGUAAUUCUUGCAUCAGCUUCAGUUUGAGAAAAACAGUGCUCAACCCGAUAUAAGAAAUGUGUGUUUUUAGAAGCGUGGGUCUGGUUACCUGAAGACUUUUUUUCCUUAUUUCUGUAAAUCUUUGUAUAGUAUAUGUAACAUUUCAAGAUUUGUUAUCAUUGUAUUGUGAUAAUAAAAUCUUUUAUUUUGUUGGAC